AAAACUUACAAGUUUAGCUGCCGAAUAUCCUUUAAAUACAAAUAAAACUUCAACUAAUGGUAAUACAUCAGUUACACAACAGGAAGAUAUUGAUCUUGCUAACCUUCGAAAACGGCUUGAACAAUCUGCAAAUGAUGAAAAAUUACAAUUACUUGAAGAUAAUCGUAUUUAUAUUGAAAAAUUAAAAAUAGAAUUACGUUUAGCAAAAGAACAAGAAGAACAAAUAUUACGUGAUAAAAUGAAAGCUGAUUUAAUAUUAAUCGAAAAUAAUAUUCAUGAAAAUUUUUUACAUGAAAAGAAAUUAUUUCAAAAUCGUCAACAAAAUGAAUUAAAUAAUAUUAAAGAAAUAUUUGAAAAAGAAAAACAAGAAUUACAAAAAAAAUUAAGAAGUGAUAUGUUAUCAGAUCUUAAUCUUGAACAACAAAAUAAUACAAAUAUACAAAUACGUUUAUUACAAAUGAAACAUGAAUUCGAUGAAAAAUUACGUAAUGUUGAAAAUCGUUAUAAAAAUGAAAUUGAAGAUUUAACACAACGUUAUGAACAAAUUAAAAUUGAAAAUGAUACAUUAGAAAAACGUUUAAAAGAGAAAACUGAUUUUUGUUCAACUUUGCAACGAACAAUGACUCAAUUACGUGGUGAUAAUUCAUCAUUAGAACAAAAAUUACAAGAUGCUCAAUCAGAAUUAAAAGCAAUCGAUGAUAGUAAUAAACAAAUUCAAUUAUCUUCUAAUCAUAUUGAUGAUGAUAAUUCAAAUUUUGAACAAACUCAAAGUAAUAAUAAAUAUACAUUUCAUGAUGAUGAUGAUGAAGGUUUAAGUGAUACAGAUAGUGAUGUUAUACAAAUGAAACAAACUUUAAAUGAAUUUAAACAUAUUUCUUCUUUUUCAAAACCAAUAAAUAAUAUUGAUGAAAAACAACAUUCAAAACCUAAGACUGUUAAUUUAACUGAUUUAUCAAAUAAUGAUAUUAGUUCAGUUAUACAAAAUAUUUCAUUUGAAAGAAGAUCAAAUCAAUCAUUAAUUGAUUCAGGACAAUGGACAAAUACAAUGUUAUCAACAAUUGGUAAUAAUACAUAUCCAUUAGGUAUACAAAAUUUACAUCAUUAUAAAACUAAUUAUUGGCAAAUCCAACCAAGUCUUAUUACAAGAGAAUCUGUUAUAAAAGCAGCACGUGAUGUUCUUCCUCCUGGUGUUAUUGAUCGUUUAU